CUUUGAUGCGUACGUAUAUAUUAUCAAGGUACUGGUCAAUAGGAGUUCGGGGCUGGGUGUUUGGCGAAGGAGGAAGGCCGACGGCAGUGUGUUAUAUGUAGUAAGGCGUUUUGUUCUCUCUGAAGCGUUCUGUUGAACUGUAGCUCUAUGAACGGCGAGCGUAAUCAAUUCUACUGAGUGGCCGAUUUAUUGAAAGACAUUUACGUGGAGAGAAGUGAAAGGCACGAUGGACAGGCGAAAAUUAUCGACAUCUGGUGAUACACUUUAUGUAAUUUUGGGUCUCCCGAAGACAGCUACAGCAGAAGAUGUCAAAAAGACAUAUAGGAAACUUGCCCUAAAAUACCAUCCCGAUAAGAACCCCAAUAACCCAGAAGCUGCUGAACGGUUCAAGGAAGUAAAUCGAGCACACAGCAUUUUGAGUGAUUUGACAAAAAGGAAUAUAUAUGACAAUUAUGGCUCUUUGGGCUUGUAUAUAGCAGAACAGUUUGGAGAAGAAAAUGUGAAUGCCUACUUCCUAGUUACAUCUGGAUGGUGCAAGGCUUUGAUAAUUUUCUGUGGCAUCAUAACUGGUUGCUACCUCUGCUGUUGCUUUUGUUGUUGCUGUAACUUCUGCUGUGGGAAGUGUAAACCACCUCCACCUGAAGAUAGUGGAGAGUAUCACACAUUGCACAGGAAUGCUGGAUCCGGAGCAGCUGAUGGUGUCGUUUCGGAGCAGCCUCAUUCUUCAAAGAAACAGGAGGAUUUAAGCGAUGAUGAAGCUGGACCAGCUGUAACUUCUCAGCCUACUGGUACAAGUGCUGUGUUUGUUGCAUCUGCCCCUGAUAAUGCAACGGAGAAUACAUCACUGAACCCAGCAGAAAAAGUGACCUAUACACCUGGGUUGUCAGAGAAGGGGUCUCCAUCACACAUAGCACAAACAGCACAGCCUCAACAGCAGUCAAAAUGGUAAUGGGGGAGUACCCUAGUUCUGCAGGUAGACGUGUACAAGAAACUGAGGAAAGUAAGUUGACGUACAGUGGCAGUGUCUGAUAAACUUUGUACUUAUAAGAACUACAGCCCUUCAUUCCUGUUAUAUUAUAAUUACUAUCAUCAUCGAGAGUUGAAGUGUUAUUUCAUUUAACUACAUGCUUGUGAUUGAUUUAUCUUUAGUGGCACCAGACAUUAGUCACAAUGAGAAGUAAGCAUUUUUUAAAUCUGGGAAAUAGCUAUUUUUACUUCCACCCUCAAAAUAAUGAUGUACAUUCAGUGACAUGCUUGCUUGUUGCUAUGCUCACUUAAUUUUACUCUAGUCACAUGCAGUGUGGAAAUGUAUAGGGGAAUCUCACAAAUUUAACACUACCCCUGUUAAUCAAGUAAGUAACUUCUGUGGUUGUAUCUGGGUGCAUCUGUAAUUAACUAUUACAUUGAGUGUGUAAGAGAGAAUAGGAUUGAACGUUGAGAGGGCCAAAAUUGCCUGUUGUUUAGAAUUGUUAGUUUGUAUGUGUAUGUAGCAGUUGUAUUGUUAUGCCUGGAAAGAAACAUGAAUGCAACAAGAACAUCUGUUGGAAGUAAAUGCAUUUGAUUUUAGGAUUAGUUAUAUCCUAUAAGAAAGUAAGUGGGGGAAAAAGUGUCACAGGUUUGAAUGGUCUUCCAAGAUUUCCAAAUAAAUUUACAGAAGACUUUGUUAAAUUACCUACAGUUGAAUUGUUGGUGACUCUCAGUCUGUUUGGAAGAAUCAGUUUUACCGUUAGCUACUUAGUAGUAGUGUAUAGACUGUAAGCUGCCAAAUGAAAUGCAUAUGUUCAAACUUGAUUUCUGAAAAUUCAGCAGAGACUGAAAAUAUUAACUCUGUAAAAUUUACAAUCAGAAUUUGUUUGUUGCAUACAACAAAUUGAAACUGUCCUUCAAAAUAAUAAUUAUCGACAAUUAGUGUUCUCAGUUUAUUUUCUCUGAGACACAGUAAAUUAUUCACUUUCAGUCAUUGUUCAAGGGCAGGAUAUGCUUCAGUCUUCUCUGGCUUUGCAGAUAAUUGUGAUUGUAUUUACAUCAAUUACCACUGUGAGUCAUUUAUCAGAAAUGCUUGGAUGUUACAAAUUAACAACACUAUGUUGUCAAGUACUACAUGUUUAUUUUGUGAGCAGAUGUAUAUUACUGUGUAUAAAUUUUGGUAUUGUAAAAACUGUAAAUUUAACUUAACUAAUAAAUACACACUUUUUUAAAUAUGUGAUACUAUAUAAAGCAGGUGUAAAAACCUUUUUAUGAUAUUGGGAAUAGCCUGGCUAGCGUGUUUUAAGUUGUGUAGCUUGGUUUACAAGCUCUAAGACUGCCACAAUUGCAUUCUAAAUUUACUAAAUGAAAGAGAGGGAGAGAACUGUGGUUUGUGAAUGAUAGUCAUUCAGGAGGCUUGAAUUCAUUCAGAAUGGCUUAAGUUGUGUGUCAUUAUAUUUCCAGAUUUGGACAACAUUAUUAAUAUAUGAGAAAUGUAAUGGUUUUUUUUUUUUUAUUCAGUGCAGCAUAUAAAAUAAGAAUUUGUUCUACUGAUUGUAUUUUAUUUAAUUUGUUUCCAUGAGGUGUCAGAAAAGUGCUUAGUAUCAAAUAUAUUGGUAUAUUAAUCUGAUAUAUGCACCAUAGGGGAGUGCUUAGAGAACAGACAGGAGGCAAAUACUAUGUGAAAGAAAGAAAAUAUUGUAUUAUAGACUACAUACUAAUGGAAAUUAACUGCAGUAGUAAUAAAACUAAUAAUAAUUGCCUAAUUGCCUGCUAAGGAUGCUGGAGGCAAAAUAUAUUUCAUCACAUGGAAAUUAGGUGAAAUUGUGUAUUCUGCAAUGUGCCUAACUGCGGAAGCAGCAGUAAAAUUCAUAGGAACUAAUAAAGGCAAAAUUAACACUCUGUCAGAGGGCAUCAUACUGAAUGACUCGGAGGACACAAUAAAAACAGCCUCAUUGGAAUACUUGAUUCAUUUUUCAGUUAGAAAAAUUUGCGUAUGUAUUCUGUUUUUAUAGCUGCUUUGGCGUUAUGCAUAUGUACUAUAAUUUGUGCGGUAACAGCAUCUGAUGAGACUGCUCUCAGAAGUAGCAAAAUAGCCUUGGAAGUGGGUCCUUGAAGAGCACAAAAUUAAAACUGCCGCUGGCAUGAGUUAGUGUUAUGUCUAUUGAUGGUCAGUGUUCUCCUCUUUGUCUCUCAGAAGUCUCAUCAUACUUACACUUUUGAUCCAACUGUGUUUUUGUAAGUUGGUGGGGCACUAGUAGUUGGAUUUUUAAACCACAGCUCCAGUCGUCCUGUUUUUAGAUUUCUGUACAGGUUCACAAUUUUUAUUCUUUAUUAAAAUUUGUUGUAAAAUUUGUCAAAUUGGUUAGUGUGGACCUAUUUGGCAUUCAGUCUUUGAAAAUGCGAAGCAAACCGAAGUGUCAUUUAUUACAGCUGCAGUCCUUAGUCUUCUCUUCCAGUACUUCAUUAAAAGGAAACAGACAACAUGUGCAGUAAUUUUGUCAACACAUUUAUAGCUGAAUUGUGAAGCUUUGUACAGUCUUGAAUUUAAUCUUGGUGUAACACUCAGAAGAGGGUACAAUAACAGAUACAAAAUUCAGAAUGGAGGAUGAGAGAAGUCAGUUUAUCCAAUAUUUAUUUCUGAUUGAUAGUUAAUUAUGCAAACCAUGGGGACUCCAGGUUGGAACAUCAGAAAUAUAAGGAAAAGAUAGAUUGCUACUUACCAUAAAGAUGACGUGUUAAGUUGGAGGGAAAAAAAAAAAAAGAAAAAAAAAAAAAAAAAUAACAACGAUACGUACAUAUUAGCCGUCAGCCAGAGCGAUCAUCAGAAAAGUAAAGUAAACACACAACAUUCAUUCACACAAGCAUGCACAAGAUUUCCAUCUCUGGCACCUUGGACGGGAAUGCAAUACCAAAGGCUUUGGCCAAAAGCUAAUGUGUAAGUGUCUUUUUCACUAUCCCUGUCUGUAAGUUAACACGUCAUCUUACUGUAAGUAGCAAUCUGUCUUUUCCUUACAGUGUUGAUAGCUCAUUAUAUAUGCACAGCAUUCUGUUAAAUACACAGCUGCUUCAGUAGAGCUGAUAUUCAAAUAAAUGGUGUGUGUGUGUGUGGGGGGGGGGGGGGGGGUGUAUUAUUACUAUUAUUUUGUUAUAGUCAUUGACUUUUGGAAUCUGUGCCCCCAUACGCACUUAAUGCAAUGGUGUUGAAAUGUUCUGUGUUAGCUAUAAUCGUAGUCUAUUUAGAUAAAAGUAUCAUAUAGCAGUAUUAAUGCUAAUGCAAAAGAGUAAUAGUUGCUGCAGGGUUUUAUUACAAGAAAGAUUGUUUUCAGUUCAGUUGGUUUCUACUGUAAUGGAUGUGGUUUCUAAAUUGCAAGUGUUUUGCUGGCAUUAGAUUUGCAGUAUUAUGAUUUUAGACUUCUGUGUCUGCAGAACUGCCCUCUGUUGAUGGAGCCCCUGUAUGUGUGGAACUACCAUCUGUUACUGAUUACAACUCUUCCAAUUGAGUAUGAGCACAUGUUGUCUAACACUAAAAGCUUUACCAUUCACCCAAGUGUAUUAUCCAAUAGCACAUUGUACUCCAUUGGGACAUGAUCCAGUUUUCGUCUAAUGUAAUGACAGACAAACUGCAAAGCUAACAACAACAACAACAACCACCACCAACAACAAUAAUAAUAGUACUAAUAAAUAAAUAAUUUAUUAUUAUUAUUAUUAUUAUUAUUAUUAUUAUUAUUAUUAUUAUUUGGUAAGUGGAGUACUUGCUAUGUUGUGACAAUGAAAAACUGGUAAGAUUUGAAUUCCUCUCAAUUUUGUUAUGAAAAGUACCGUUACUGUUGUGUUGUAUUAACCUCCUACCCAACCUUAAGGGUGUUAUGUACUAACAAGAUAGGAGUAGCCCAACAACUAAAUAUUGAAUGGCCUAAUUAUUUCUCUGCUGUUUUUAAAAUUCCACUCUUUGCAACUGUGUAGAUUGCCCAUUAUGCUCAGUGCUAUAUCCCAUAUACUAUAUUUUACACACAGGAAUGUUGUAAUAUUUAAACAUUUUGGGAAGCAUAUUGUGUAACCUUUUCCAUGGGCACUGUUUCUUUUUGUUGUCAACAAACUGAAUAACAUUUAACAUAAAGUUUGUUUGUGAAUAAAUUGUCUAUUAUUGUACCAUGUCAUCAACAAGACAUUAAAAUCCAAUCUUGCUUCCUUUACUGUGCUUUAAGAACAGAACAACAGCAAACAUCUCUUUGCACUAGACUGCAUCUGCACCUUGCUGUAUGACAUGUAUCUGUUCAUGCAACAGCUGGUCCAAACUUUACUUAGAUGAGUAAUUUGUUAUUUACAUGAUUGCUUUUAUAUUAUUUACUCUUUGUAUUGUGAACAUGUGCAUGUAUUUACGUAUGUAUGUUAGUACAUAAAUCAGUUAUAGACUUCAUAGUUAAAUUGACAAUGGGGAGUUUUCAUCUGACCAGCUUCGUACUAGGUACUAGAAUACUAAAAUGCAUUUGUGUUAAAUUACUUAAUUCAUAGGAUUUCAUUUGAAAGUUAUAAUUUGAGGACAUGUACAUAUUUAGCAGAGAACCCUAUUGUAGAAUACACUAUAAACUUGUUGUUAUGGAGGGGAAACUUGAUUUAAGGGCUACAGUUAGAUGAUGAAUGUACUUGUAUUUUGCUAAGAUUCUGGUGGCAUACUGUGGAGGUAAUUACAUACUGAACAGCACAGAGUUUGCAGUUGUAUAUGUAUGUUUUUGGCUGUCUAGAUAUUUUAAUGCUCAUUUUUCUAAAGAAUACUAGUGGGGAACCUUGUUUAAGUUUCCUCCAUCAAAGCAAUGAUAAUACAUUAAAUGUAAAUUUACUAUGGGAACAGGAUGAAUGGAGAAGGUAAAACAGGCUGAACCAUGAAAUAUGAGAAGUGAAAUAAAGUUCUGAAGUGCCUCACAAAACAACUAAAUAUAAAGACAAGGUCAUAUUGGUAGGUUCUGAGAUGAGAUAUGAGCUCAAUAUAAGACCCAGUGAUGGACUGUAUUACAAAUAAAAUUAAAUUCAAAUAGUGUCCCCCCCCCCACCCCCCCCCCCCCCACCCCCACCCAUUUGCUGGGUAACAGUGAAUCUCCAGACUUGGGUUGAUGCAUUAGAGUUUACCUGUCCAAUGAACUUCUAUGCAUCAAGCAAAUUAAAUUCAUAUUUACUGCAGUUUAAUAGACUUUUAAAAGUGUUUACAUAUAUUAUAAAUUGUAAGUGCACAUGGGUGACAAAAUAAUAUGAAAAGUGUUAAUGUUCUUGUAUUUGUUACAUACUCUUAAAGAUGAGAUGAAAUACAUCAAACUUAAAAGUUUCCUCUACAUGUAUUAAUUCUUAACAAUGAAAUACAAAUUUGAAUAAAAUCUCACUUUCUACAGUGAAAUGAAACGUUCAGGUUAGUAUACAUUUUGAUUCAGUUUGGCUUUUUGAUAUUUACAUUGCUGUAUCACAGUGAUAAUGUAGGUAUAACAUCGAAUGUAUAAGAAGCCUCAUUGAUCAGAAAGAAAACGGGAAUUUUUGUCACAAUUCAGUGUUCAGAUCUAAAAUUUUCUGUAAUUGUGAUUAAUGGUUGAGAAAAUUGUAACUCAGAGAUAGAUACUCUUAGAUGUAUUGUACCAGAUGUAAAAACCAGUCAGUUUAGUCACUUUUUGUACCUAGCACCAUUUUUUGUGAUUGUCAGUUCAUUUUAAAUUUGUCUAUUAAUACUUUUGAUUUUGUCAAUAUAAUAAAAUUUCUUUCUCAAUACUGAGCAGGACAAAAGUCCAGUUGUAGUUAGAAACAAAUGUGAAUCAGGAAUACUGUUGUAUGAAUUACUUACUAAGUUAAUGGUAAUAACGCCACUAUGUACUAGUUUCAGGUUUGUCCAACAAAAUUGUUUUGUGAUAAGUCUACAAUGAUUGUAUUUUAUUGUGCUGUAGCAGUUUGAAAAAUUAGGAACAUUGUUAAUCGAAAAGUGUGUGUGUGUGUGUGUGUGUGUGUGUGUGUGUGUGUGUGUGUGUGUGUGAGUGUGAGUAGAGAGAGAGAGAGAGAGAGAGAGAGAGAGAGAGAAAAAGAAUUCAUUCAUUACAGUAAUGGAACUGGUGGUGCCUGCUCCUCGCCAUGCCACACAAACAUUUUGUGAACAUACGUAUGUAAAUAUAUUACAUUCCAUGAAUCGAAAUUGUUAAUAAGAGUAAAAUCUGCUCUUUAUAAAUUGGAGUUCCUUCUUUUGUAGAAAAAGCGAAAACAAUAAAGAAAUUUGAUAAGAGGCAGAAA